UCUCCAGCAGGGUCUAAACCAGAUCGCAGGGCAGCAGCACAAGCACAGCACACAGUGUACCAUCACUUUCCCCACUUGUAACGGUAUGAGCCACUCGUAUUGCCAAGUGUCCACACAAUUAGCGAGGCUUUUCCCCGCGGGCUCCCCUCGGGCACGGCUGGCCCUGAGCACGGCGCCGCGGCGCUGCCCGGGUGUCCCUCACCUCCGGGAGGGCUGGCACCCGCGGGGCGGCCAAGCAGCCGCUCGCCUCUCGAUCCUCCUGUGCCCGCCACAAGCGGGGAAAUCGGCGACAGCGAGGAAAAUAGGCGAUAGCGAGGGAAAUAAGCGACAGGCAGGAAAACCGGCCGCAGUGGCCCAGCCACCGUCCCAGCCGGCCCUGAGACCGCGGCGACCCCGCCUCCCGGCCGUGCGCCGCCACAGGCGGGGCCGCGCACGCGUGUCACAGCGGGACAAUCUGCAUGCAGAGAUUGAAGAUAAAGCUGACAGGACAACUUCUUUAGCCACCUGGCUUCGCUGUCAGACAAAAGAGGAUUUGGGAAUCUCAUCACUGCUCUCUUCAUUCAGGCCCUGAGGUUCCUCUUCUGCUGCACUAACCCUGAAGAUCAACCCUGACCAUGCUGAGAUUUGGGCAACACCUCAUCAAGCCCUCGGUGGUGUUUCUGAGGACAGAGCUGUGCUUUGCUCUGGUGAACCGCAGGCCGGUAGUGCCAGGACGUAUCCUUUCCAUGGUGCUGCGCUCCUGGGAAGAGCAGGACCCGCUCAGGGCAUUUGGAAGGCCAGAUGUCCUUGUUUGUCCCCUGCGGCCGGUGGAGCGUUUCCGUGACCUGUGUCCCGAGGAAGUGGCUGAUUUGUUCCAAACAGCACAACGGGUCGGGAACGUGGUGGAGAAACAUUUCUGUGGCACUUCACUCACCUUUUCCAUCCAGGAUGGCCCUGAAGCUGGACAAACAGUGAAGCAUGUUCAUGUCCACGUGCUGCCAAGGAGGGCUGGAGACUUCAGCAGGAAUGAUGAUGUCUACGAGGAACUGCAGCGACACGACAAAGAUGAUUCCCCUGACAAGUGGAGGACAGAAGAAGAAAUGGCAGCUGAAGCAGAAAUUCUGAAGAAGUAUUUCCAGGAAAAUUAGAGGUAACAAAGUGUUUGGAACACAUCCCACGACACCAGAAAGUCCCCAGAAAGAACAACCUCAUUCUCCAGUUCUCAGUGGCCCUGGAGCUGCAGCUCGACAGUUUUAUUGUGUUCUACAAGUAUGGGAUUCUUCCAUGAAAAAUUUUAUUGGACCUUUGGAUAUCAUCAAGGUUGAAUUCCAGCUAAGACAACUAAACAGCACUGGUUCAAAAUAUUGCUCUGAAUUGUAACUCAUAUUUUUCUGAAUUGUGUACUUGGGAAUGAAUCUUUUUAAAUUGUCCCUUGGCCUAAAUAGAAAUAAAGUGCCAGAAGAAUCAGGUAGCUACUGCGUUUAGGUACAUUAUAAAGUGUUUACUCCGUGUUGUGCUCUUUGAUUCAGUUACUGUAUGGUGGCCAUUUUAUCAUAGAAAAAUUAGAUCUUUUAGCAGUGUGGCAAUUCAUACAAGCCAAGACUUGGUUACAGACAAGCCAAGAUAAACUUGGAAAGCUGUUUUUUCUUCAGGUGAGUUCUAUAACAAGAAAUAUUUAGCUUCCUGAGAUCUUUCUUUUUUCUGUUCUUUUAAUGCAUUAUGAAAAGGCUUCUGGAAUUUUAAGUGAUACAAAACACUUCUGUAAAACAAUUAAUAUGGGAAGUUGCUCUUGGGAUAGUAAUCACAUUAGGGUUAGGCUGGCAUGCUCCCAGCCACCAUCAACGAGUGGGAGUCUCCCAUGUGGAACAAUCUCUGGGCAAGACAUGCUGUGCUCAGAACCCGGCGCAGGAAGAAAACCACCAUGGGUAAGUCGUUGAUUGCUAACACAUAAUGCAGGAAAAGAAGUCAAACAACAGAUGGAAGAGAGAAGAAAUGAAUCCGUGAGAUCUGCAUGAAAAAAGCACCCAUAAUUCUCCUCUGGAACUGCAGGAAAGCAAACAGCCAAAGCUUUCUGUGUCUCACAAAGUCAGGAUGAAAAACAAAAUGCCCCCAAGUCUUUCAAUAAGAGUCAUGCUGAGGUAAACCACAGGGUGCAGAGCCUCCCUGAGGGCUUGAGGAGGUCAAGCAGGUCCAAACCAGAGCUUGGCAGAGCUUUGCCUGCGUGGCAGGACAGUGUGAUCAUGUUCAGAUCAAAUUCAGCUGCUCCAUGAUAGUCUGUCCUGGAGGGUUACAGCCUGACCUGAGAAGUAUGAAAAUGCACAAUGGAUGAGUUCUCAUCAUUUUCACCAAGUCUCUCUCUGCUCUCUACUGCAGAGCCAUUCAGUCCAUUGGCUUGAAGUCUUUAUGCUUGUCAAAUAAAAAUAGAAAUACUAGAGCAAAAUCA